AUGACAACACGCAGGCUUCUGUCCAUAACUCUGCUAGGCCUGCUGCUGUGGGCCUCUUGCGUCCAGGCCGACGACACAGACAGCAACGCCGACAAACAGACUGGAACACAAGAAGAGGCAUCAACAGAAGAAACUCUGGGGGAGACAGAAAAAGUGGAGGAGGAAACCAAAGAGGCACCAAAGAAAGAGAAAACAACAGAGAUAGAGGAGGAGAAAGAUGUGAUGGUUCUCCACAUCAACAACUUUGCCAGGGCUCUCAGCGAAAAUCAGCAUUUACUUGUUGAAUUCUAUGCUCCCUGGUGUGGCCACUGUAAACAGCUGGAGCCACUUUAUGCAGAGGCUGCUGGGAAGCUGAAGACUGAGGAACCAGCGAUGCGUUUGGCCAAAGUGGACGCCACAGAGGAGAAGGAGCUGGCUGAGGAGUUUGACAUCGAUGGCUUCCCCACUCUGAAACUGUUCGUCAACGGAGACCGCAAGGAGCCUGUUGACUUCACUGGUAAGAGGUCAGUAGAGGGAAUAAUCCAGUGGAUGAAGCGCCGAACAGGCCCUGGCACCCCUGUGCUCGACUCGACAGACUCUGCAGCUCAGUUCAUCGAUUCCCAUAACAUCACUGUUGUAGGAUUCUUUGAUGAUCUGGAAAGUGAAGCAGCCAAGUUGUUCAAAGAAGCUGCUUUGGAUAUGACCGACACUGAGUUUGCUGUGUCAGCGAGUCCUGAGGUUUUCCACAAGUAUGAAGUCAAAGCCAACUCAGUGGUGCUCUUCAAAAAGUUUGAUGAUGGCAGAGCAGACUUUGCAUUGUCAGAAGAAGGGAAGCUGGACAAAAAUAACCUGACCACCUUCAUCAAGGAAAAUAGCCUGGAGCUGAUCGUCCCAUUCAGCCAGCAGACUGCAGAUAAGAUAUUCACCUCUAGCAUCCUCCUGCACAGCCUGCUGUUCAUCAACUCCUCUGUGGAGAGUCAGACAGCCCUGGUGGACGAAUCCAGGGCUGUUGCCAAAAAGUUCAAGGGCAAGAUGCUGUUCAUUGUGAUCGAUGUGACAGAAGCCCUCUCUCAUGUGCUGAAAUACUUUGCCGUGUCCGCGAAUGACGCUCCCACUGCACGCAUCAUCAACAUGGAGACGGGAAAGAAGUUCACCAUCACUGCCGGGGAUCUCACAGCAAAUUCACUGAGCAAGCUGUGCCAGGAAGUUGUGGAUGGCACUGCCAAGCCCUACUAUCGGUCUGAGGAGAUCCCAGAGGAUUGGGAUAAAGGACCAGUCAAAGUCCUGGUGGGGAAAAACUUUGAGUCUGUUGCUCUGGACCCAACCAAAAACGUCUUUGUAGAGUUCUAUGCACCAUGGUGUGGACACUGUAAGGAACUGACUCCCAUCUGGGAUCAGCUGGGUGAAAAGUAUGCGGACAACGAUGACAUCAUCAUAGCCAAGAUGGACGCCACAGCCAACGAGGUGGAGUCUGUUGUCAUUGAAGGAUUCCCAACACUCAAAUACUUCCCAGCUGGUGGCAAAGAGGUGGUCGACUACACUGGAAAAAGGGAUCUGGAGACCAUGUCGAAGUUCUUGGAUGAUGGAGGAGUGUUGUCUGAGGGGGUUACUGAUGAAGAGGAACAUGAGGAUGAUGAGGAUGAUGAGGAUGAUGAGAUGAGAAGAUGAGAAAGGUGACGACGCGGAUGAUGAUAGCAAGGAGACUGAUGAGUCCGCAGAGGAACUGACCAACACAACAUCUAAAGAUGAGCUGUGAUGUCAUUUUGGUUUCCAGCCAAUCAGGAUCAACAUAGAAUCUUCCAAUUUUUCUUAAUAAAAUUAAUUUG